UGCACCUCUUCAAUUUCCAACACAAUUCUCUCUCGCCCCUUUCCUCCAGAAAACCCUCCUCUUCUUCACUCGAUCAGAUCCCACCAUCACCAUGAAGAAACCAAGCUUCUUAGCAGCCUCUAUCGCCGCCGCUUCCGCCACAACUGCCAUCACUGCCUCUAAUCGCAAAAACCGAACCUCUCACCAGGAUCAUGGAGCAUCGAGCAAUUAUAAUGAAGAUUCGUCGCCGGAGAAAAAGAGUUGCUGCUCGGAGAAAUUUGCGCCAAGGUUUGAUGGAUUGAGGUUUAUUGAAACUCUGGUAACCGCUCAUCGAUAACAGUAAGCCUUUGAGAUCGCCGAUUUGAUUAGAUAUUUAGAUGAUUAGAUCCCUUUUUCGGUUUCUUGUGGGUUAAGUUUGUUCGUGUGCUUCGAUACUCCAUAACCAUACGUUUGGGUUUGGGCUAAAGGCCUUAAAGAAUGUUAGUUUUUGUAUUGUUGGAGUGAUUGGCUCCACAAAAUGUAACAUUAAUUUGGAUUUUAUUCAACAUAUUUUAGUUAUA